GACAAUCGUGAACACUAUCAUAAAAGAUAUGACGCGUCUGAUAUGUUAUAUCCUGGUUCUUUAACACAAGCUUUAAUACAGUUCAUUUCAGUGCUUCAAGUUUCUAAUCGUAAGCCUUCAGAUCUUAUACUUGCAGGAUUUUGUGACAUGUCCUGUCCAUCACAUCGACGCAUAUCAUCCUUUUGA